AUGUUGCGUGGCCAGUCAGAGCGGAACAAGAAUACGAGUGCAAGGAACUUUGACAAGGGCCAUCUGCCUUCAGGCACUCAUGGCGAGCUAGACCGGAUAGAGCGGCUGGAGCAGCGUGGCCCUGCGACAUCUGGGGGCCUUUGCGCCUUUGGACAAUCUGGGCAACCAUCGAAUGCCGAGGAGUGA